AACAACCCAAGAGAGAGAGGAGAAACCAGAGGCAUGAUGAAGACUUUGUGUGUUGUUGUUAUUGUGCUGAGUCUCGGCUCAGUGUGCCAGGCUGCGUCACUGGCCUGUGAGAAGCUGCUGAAGCCACUGGACAAAGCUCAAGAUUUUUCCGGGAGUUGGUACGUCAUUGCCUUUUCCACAGAAAAAUGUCUGGUUGGAACGUUAAUGAAUGCUAUUUUAUGGCCGAGUGUUGCAGUGGACAUUACCCCUAAGACCACGCCAAAUGUUUACAGUGCCAAGGUCAAGGCUAAAGUAUACGGAUAUUGUGAAACUGAUUCAGAGGACUUUUUCUACAAACCCACCGACAACAAGAUACUCGAAGUCGACAUCAAUGAUGCUCCAUUUGGUGAACCAGAUGGGCUGCUGCAGAGUAGCUGUCCAGACUGCAUCGUUAUAAAGUCCUAUGGCGAUGACUUCAUCAACACUUUCAUGCUCUUAAGUAGGAGAGAGAAUGUCAGUGAUGCUGAGCAGAAGGAGUUUGAGGCCCAGGUUGAGUGCUCUGGCUGGUCCAAACCGCAGGUCUUAAACACAGAUCACGAUUACAAAAACUGCCCUGGCACUGACAGUCUCGAAAAUGAUAGCGAUGCUGCAAAAGUAUUCGCCUUGAUGCGUCAAAGACUGCAAACCAACUAUCAAGAGCCCCUCACAUGUCUUGUAGAGACUUUUCGUCAGUUACCCAGCGCUGCUUAUACCUGGGCAAAGGAAACUUGGAAUGGUUUGUGGUGAAUGUGUUACAAUAAACAUUCACUCUCACAAUCGUGUUUUUGUGAAAUGUUGCUGCACUACUCAAGAUGUUAAAUUGUUGAUUUAUGUUUGAUUAACUGCUUUAAAGAUAUCCAACAAACCCCCCUCUUCCUUUAUUCAGGUUUUUUGGAGUGAUCUACAGUGUUUUUUACAGGCACAUAUUCCA